AUGAAGCGAGCGGCCUCCGCCCCGACGCUAACGACCAACACAUUUGUCCUUUGUGAAUUGGUGUCUCUAGAGUGGCAUGUGUAUGCACUUGCACCAAUGGAAACCACUAUGGAUAACAAGAAGAAGGUCAUGAAGAAUACUGAUAAAGCUGGUGCGAUGCAAACUGACAGAGGUGCGGCUCUGACCGCCCUUUUCCAGCGUCUACAACUACGAGACGCUGUUUGUGUCCUUCUUGACACUCAAUCAGGUAGUACGUCUUCUUCUUUGUUGUGUAGCAGCUCCACAGAGCUCUGGGUAUUUACUGUCAAUGGUGCGCGGAGUGAAGUCCCAUCAGAACUACCUAUGGGCAUUUGUGAGUCACGGAAGGGAUCCUGGACAGGAAUUUCCAAACUGCUGGAUGGAGCAAUUGAGAAACUCCUCUUUGUAGCCCUCACGUCGGUUCUUGGCAGGAAACUCCUCGCUCAAGAGGAGUUCGUGCUCAGUGAUGAGGGCUUAUAUGAACCAAAUGAUGCCAAGUUUAUUUUCCGUUGUCCAUCACUGACUCGACUGAAUGACGUGGAAGUUUAUCUGGAGGAAGAUUGUCCAACACCGGCUUUCCAGUUGCACCUUCGGCUGUUUUAUCCGAGCAAUUUGUUGGCUGUUACAGUGGGUGUAGUGAGGAAGGAAGGUUUGGUGAUACCGGAUGGCGCGAUUGGCGAGGAACUUGGCGACCCAAGGUGUUCCUGGGAACGACUUGUAGGUCUACCAUCGUAUAAGGAUCACUCGGUCGUAGACGUUUGGCAUCCAAAGGACGGUUUAGUACCGCGGAUUGUCGCUGGCACAAAGUACACAGACGAGACACCUUGGUUUCGCCCAGUGUCAAAAAGGAGACAUAAGCGUAGAUUGGAUGAUGGCGACAGUGGCGGAGUUGAAGAGGAAGCAAAAGACGAAAACGAAGAAGAUGCAGAUGAAGACGACGAUGAAAACAAUCAUGAAGUUGAUGUCGACGCGGACGAGUUGUCCCACCGACCUGUAAGUGGUGAAGCAUCAAAAGUGAAAAAGAAGCAUAGCAGUGCUGAUUCCGCAGAAAACGACGAGUUUUAUGCACCGGUAUCACCAGAUACCCACAUAAAUACGCCUGAUGCAACCGGUCCGAUUAUCCAAAUGACGCUACCCCAAGACGACGAGCUACACUUGCAAGCAGAUGCUGAUGUAAGGCAUUUCAAGCGGCGGCGUAAAGGCCAUAAUGCAGAAAGAACGAAAGACUCAGGAUUUUCGCUGACAUUUGGGCCAAUUAUAACUAAUGGCGCCGGUCCCUCUUCGAUGUCAAAGCCUUUGAUGCACAGUAGAGAUGGCGUAAAGAAGACUGCGCUGGAUCCUGCCCAGCUAUUCUCCGUGACUAGAACGUCUCUUUCAAAGUCUGUACCGACGCUGGCCAGACCGAAAAAUGAUGUCAAGCCUCUAAGUGUGGCUGUGUCACUUGUGGAAUCGCUUUCUCAUAGCGAACAACAGGAGGCGUUGGAUGGCCGGCCUGUCAAGAUGCAUCCAAUGCUACAGGCACUACAAGACUAUGUUGAUGAAGGAGGCACGACGAGUGUUGGGCAAAUGUCGAGCUUAGUCACGGCGGCAAAAGUCAAGUUCCUGCCGAACGCAAAGGCAUUCAUUCCGUCCCCACUUCGAGCAACAGUGGGUCGCUUAUCGAUAAACUGUGCGACAGCCCGCCGGUUGCGUUUGGGCUUGUGCUCUGAUCGCUUUAGCUCGUGGCGAUCUGAGUACGCAAAACUACAGUAUCCGAGAAAUGGUCGUCAGCGAAAGUUAGAACAUCAACGGCGACUUCUUUUUGAGUUCGACGAAGCCGCAUUCGAAGACCGUGCGCGAAAAGAAGCAGCAAAGAGUUGGAGUCGUCAUGAGGAGACGCAAAUACGAGAUGGCGAGAUAUUACUAGGCAUCCAAAUGGCAGCUUCGGAUGCGAUGGUGACUUGGAGGCAAGAGCCAUAUGGAAGCAAGGCAUGGUCUGCGCACUUCAAUCUUGAUGUUUCUACGGCUAAUGCGUUCGAAAAGGGCAAUAUGGUGAACCGCGUACAGCCUUAUUUACGAAGUUUAAUGUUGUUGUUGAAAAAGGAAAAAGGGGAUGAAUUCAAAUCUCGGAAAACGAGGCGUGACCGGCGGUGGAUGAGCUUCAAGGACUACGUCGAGGCCCAGACGAUGUCUACUGCUGGCCGCAAAUGUAGCGACUGUAUCAGGGUGGCGGAAGAACCAAAAUUAUGUGUAUCGAAUCUGGAGUCAAGCUACCAUGUCAAACCCGCUAUGAUUUCGGAAUAUUUAUUACGUGAUUUGCAUCCUGUAACAGCGCCAAAAUCAGUAGAUUACGUGAUUGUGUGCCCACAGUCUCCAUCGCAGUGGCUUGCAUCUCUCGCACUAUCUUAUUUCACCUGCUUCCGCAGCAUGUAUGCGCAGUGUCAUAUGGGCGACUUGGUCCCCGUCGAUCUGGGUCAAGUGGAAGGAAAUCAUUAUGCGCGCGUUGAUGCUGCCAAUGGACUGCUGCUCGUCGACUGCGCCGACAGUACGUCGGAUCCUUUCGCUAACUUUCGUGCAGCUGGAAAGCUUUUGAAUCCCAUGCUAUCGUCAGGUGCGAUGAAAAAAGCACAGGCUUUUUCUCGAUCAGCUGUUGCUAAUGUGGUGUACCUGGUGGUUCCAUUUCGCCGAACCGACGUGAAGCAUAAAAUGUGGAUAUUAGGAGCGUUUUCACAUGGCUUAUUUGACACGGAAACAUUUGCCGAUGUGAGCAGCUGGAAAGACAGUGUAACGAUAGAGAUGGUCUACUUGGAUGACUUGUAUGAAGUGGAGGUGAAUCCGAGUCCAUAUGUGCUGAUGCCAAACUGUUUUGGUCUCUAUGACCGGGUGCAUGAGACUUUGAAUCUGAAGGUUGUUGACGGAGUUGGUCGUAGUGCCGGUCGAUCCCGGUUUCUUUGUGAGCGCCUGUAUCACCUAGCGGAUUGGCGUGCAGGCAUGAUCGGGGAAAACGAGGAAUGCCAAUUGAGUUUGGCGUACGUGUAUGGUGGGUACUUGCUCUCUAAGGACCGCAAAUGGGUCGCGUGCAGCUUCACGGACGCUGUUGGUUCUAUUCUAGAGACGUAUACGAUUCCUGUAGAAAAUGCUGAGGACGGAAGUGGUCUCGAAAGCGCUUUUCUUGGGGUGAUGCUGAAGAUGCUGAACUUUCUUGCACUUUUCGGUGAGAAGAGUGUACUUGUACUGACGCGCCUGACGAGUGUGGCCGGCGCGUCACGCAUCGGUGAGCAAGAGGAAGCUGCGUGGGAGACUCUACGGUCCAAUCGUCUGGAGGAGCUGAUACCGCCGGUAUUUCAGCCUCUUUUGACGUCUGUUCUACUGCUGCAGCUUGACAUAGCAUCACAGGAGGAGGUGCAAUUGCGUGAGGAUCCAUCAUCAGCAGCCUUGUAUGUUUCUGGCAACUUGGGAUUUGCCGUCAUGCCUCCUCCAGAGAGCACUGGCCCUUGCCACAGCAGUCGAGCUGUAAUUUAUACAGGUCAUGAUGCUUGGAAAUCUACUUCCCUGCUUCACGCUCAGCAUACGCUUACCCAGAAACGAGAAGCGAGAGUGUUGAGAGUGACGCCAGUGCUCGCAUUGCUGGAAGAGGGUGUCGAUUCUAAGGAUGGUAAAAUGACAGGAUUGGUACCUGCGAGCACAAUGAUUACCAUUUUGCGAGACUUCCAUGCACAGUCGUACUUGACGAUGCACCCGAUUACCAUGGAAAGGCAAUCACCACUGCCUCAUCAUCUAGCCGCUAUCUCGAAAACAGGCCGCGAAUUACAAGUACUGGAUACCCAGCUGAUGACGGACCCGUUACAGUUACGGUGA